CGCGCCGUCAGCGUUCGUGGCCGACUCGACUGGCUGCCGUUAUGUAGCUAUGUAGCUCAAUAAUGUUUUGUUUCGUAUUCGUAAGUUUCUUAACGUUUUGUAUUGAGUUCACGCACAGUAUAUACCAGGAGAACCCUCAUUGUACGGUAGACGACUGCGACUAUAAGCCAUACGGCCCGUUAGUGCUGUGUAAACAUCUGCCUUUAGACUUCCUGCAGUGUGCAGAUGUGUUGGACCUGCAGGGUAACGAUACAGCCCGCGAGGAACUGGGCUACGGGUGCACCAAGUUUGGCGGAUCCAAAUACGAAGAUGUCCAGUUUACGGCGGUUAACUGCACGGUUUUACCAAAUAUCGAAUGCUAUGGGAACAGGACAUUCCUCAAAGACGGAUUUCCAUGCAUAAAGUACACUGGUCACUACUUCACCACAACACUCCUCUACUCAAUAUUGUUAGGCUUCUUAGGGAUGGACCGCUUCUGCUUGGGACACACGGGCACUGCAGUUGGCAAGUUGCUCACCCUGGGUGGUGUGGGCAUCUGGUGGAUUGUGGAUGUCGUCCUGCUGAUAUCCGGAAACUUGAUGCCAGAAGACGGCAGCAACUGGAUGCCGACUGUUUAAGACUGCACGCUCAUCUUUCAUGGAGCUAGGCAGAACCUUACAGGUCACUCUAUUCAGUGGUUGGAAUUGCAAUGCCCUGUUCAUACCAUUGCCUCUGUUGCCAAAUAUAAUCUAUGGCAUUUUGGCACCGGGAAGUUUUAGUUUAGGCAGAACAUUCUUAUUGGAAACUUUUUAUGCAAUUUAUAUUAUUCCCUUGUAGGAGGUUGCCCCACGAGAAAGGAUGUUUUUUGCUUGGUUUGUGUGGUUGUAUGCUUCGUGUUAGCAACACUACUACUAAUUUAACCUACAAGAGUGUGUGGUGAUGCUAGUCUUUGAAAGUGCUUGAGGAAAGAAACAUCGCUAUUUCUCGUGCUCCUACGUUUGAGAUAUUUUUUUAUUAUGUGCCAGUUAUCAUAUUUUGUGAACUUGGGAACAGCAUAAGAGAGAGAGAGAGAGAUGAAACUUUAUUAGGCUCAAAGAAUAUGAGCAGGGGGCCUCAGUCCAGGCCCCCUCUGGUGGUGUACUCCAGAGGAGAGACAACCUGUCAAGUCUGCUCAUAUUAACAAGAUGAUGGGUUGUGGCUCAAAGCUUGAGAUGAGACAUUCAUUGCAGCCAUUACAAUAAAUUAUUGGGCGAGCACUACCCUACAUUUUACACAGCGAAAUUUAGUUAGAUGAUGUUAUAUAGGGUCGGAAUGAACGAGCAUUAUUUAUUAAUGGCUACAAAGAUUAGAGCAUCUCCAGGUGAUGAUGUAAUGCAGUAUUUUGAAUGUUUGUGUGUACAGCCCUGUAUUUACUUGACCUCUGACUUGUGGACAUGAAACUACUCGUGUUCAUGGUCCCUCCCAUAGUGGAAUUUCUUUCUGUAUAUUGGUCUUUAAUAAACUAAAUACUUGAA